UGAUUAACAUUUUGAGUGCCCAAAAUGGCAUACUUGACUAUCAAUUGGGAACGGAGGGAGUACUCGUCUAAAUUUAUGAAAGUGAUUUGAUAUGUGAUUGGUUGUGUCAGCUCCUCUGUCCUCUCCUCCUGUUUAUAUUUGAACAUAGACCAUAAAUAGGACACAGUCAGAGAGUGAGACAGUCCACUAUUCAUCUCGGCUUUCUUUACAUUCUUUAGGCAAGCCAAGCCAAGCCAAGCCUAGCCUAGCUAAGACGGAAGUAGAAGUGGAGCCCAGCAUUGUUAGCUUGUUGAUUUACUCCUUCCUUUACUUUACUUGCCUUUUUCAUUUCUCAGUCUUGUUCUGGAACACUUGUUUCUCUCUCUCUCUCUAUCCAUCUGUGUGUUUGUAUCGAUGAGCUGAGUUACAAACAGAGAGAGGAAGUAAAGGUGGAGUAGUCAUAUCAUAUGAUUAACUAAUAAUUAAGAAGCAUUAACAGAGAGUAGCCUGAAUUGAUUAAUGAUAUGGAGAUGGACAGACAAGUAAAACAACGACAACGACGACUAGUGCUAGUAAUGGUGGUGUUAGUGAUGAUGAUACAGGUGGCCGAGGGUGUGUGGUGUGUUGCUCGCAGCGGCGCCGACGACGAUGCAUUGCAGUCAGCACUUGAUUACGCAUGUGCUGCCGGUGCUGAUUGUGGACCAAUUCAACAGUCUGGCCUCUGUUUCCUCCCCAACACUCUUCAGGCUCACGCCUCCUACGCCUUCAACAGCUUCUACCAGCGUAAUCACAUGGCCGCCACUUCUUGUCAAUUCUCCGCCACUGCCACCCUUGCCAAGACCGAUCCUAGUUAUGGAUCUUGUGUUUACCCUUCUUCUCCAAGCACUGCAGGAAGCAUAACAUCUAACACGACAGGAGCCACACCAACAACAAACCCCUAUGGAACAGCAACACCCUUCUCCCCCACCACGAUGUCUCCUACGACCUUUGGUGGUGGUGCUGGAACAGGUCUUAAUCCCAACUAUAUGGGACCUCCUAUUUCUACUACCAAUGAAUCAAAAGCCCCCAUUAAGUCUCCAUUGCCUCUUUUGGAGACACUACUCGUCGUACUACUGCUUUCACUUGCCAUCUAUUGAAGAGGAUAGAAGGGAAGGAGAGUAAAAGAGGUGUGAUCACAUUUUUUUUUCUGUUCAUCCUUAGAAGGCUCACCACAAUUUUGUACGAAGCUUGGAGGUGUUGCAUAACUUGCAUUAGAAAUUAAUGAAUGAAAUUGAUUGUAGUACUUUUUAUCAUCUAAACGCACUUCAUUUCCUUAAUUUGGGAGUUGUAGGAGCUAAAGCUACUACAUUAGCGAGUGAUUGACAAUUCAGUUCGUAUUCAUUUACUAAAAUUGUUGGCUAGUUUUGAGAAGAUUUUACUGCUAUAUAUGCUAAUUGAUUAGGCUGUUC